ACAGUGCACUGAAAGAAGUCUCUCACCCACGUCCACUAUUAUAACGUCGAGGACUCGCUUGUGGAUAUAGCUCGGAUUAUAGCACAGGUGUUUGGAUUUUGGGACAUUCUUCCGGUCAUGAAUCGGGGUUCUUUGCCCGCCGCUGCUUUUUUGCUACUUAUAUUCACGGUUUUAGUGUCUGUGGUGGAGGCACGUCAUUCCGCUGGGCUAAGGAGACACAAGAGGGAAUGGAUCAUCCCUCCCCAGAAACUAGAUGAAAAUGUAGACUACACCAAGAAAGAGUUUAUCGCCAAGAUCCGGUCAGAUUCAGACGAUGGGACUGGUAAUGUACAGUACUCUCUAACUGGGGUGGGAGCUUCUAACAUCCCCUACCACCUGUUCAUAGUGAACCCUGACACCGGCUUUGUAAGCAUCACUGGUAUCCUGGACCGGGAGACUAUCGCCAUGUACAAUUUGUCAGGUACCGCUAAGUUCACUAAUGGCAUUGACGCAGAAAAGAACAUUGAUUUGAGGAUCCAAGUUGUGGAUCAAAAUGAUAACCCUCCUAUUUUCGGUGAUAUUAACCCAGGAGAGGUGUACGAGCUCAGCCCAACAGACACGUCCAUCAUGACAUUGACUGCAACAGACGCUGACGAACCAGGGAAUGAGAACUCUAAGAUUGCCUACACCAUAAUUAAACAGGAGCCUCCAGGAGAGAGCAUGUUCCACAUCACCAAGGAUGGAGUACUGAAAGUAAAAAAGCCCACACUGGACAGAGAGGUGCAGGACUGGUACAUGCUGACAGUGAAAGGUACAGAUCUAUACGGUAGACCAGAGGGCAACACCGGCACCGGAACCUUUAGAGUCAACAUCAAGGAUGUGAACGACAAUCCUCCCACUCUGGAGAAAGAUGAGUAUGAGGGCAGUAUUGAGGAGAACACAGAGAACAUGGAGGUGAUGAGGUUCAAAGCGGAGGACAUGGACAUGGAGAACACUCCUAACUGGGCGGCUCAGUUUGAAAUCGUCAAGGGAAACGAGGCUGGCUACUUCAGCAUUGAGACAGACCCCAAGACCAACGAGGGAGUUCUGAUACUCAAGAAGGCUGUAGACUAUGAAGACGUCAAACACCUUGAGCUGGGAAUAGCCGUAGCUAACCAGGCUCCACCUUAUAAUGGCGAAGGAGGAGGAGGUGGAGGAGGAAGUGGGACAGGAGGAGGAGGAGGAGGAGGAGGAGGAAGUGGGACAGGAGGAGGAGGCGGUAGUGGAGGCAGUGGAGGCAGCAGUGGAGGAGGCAGUGGAGGAGGCAGCAGUGGAGGAAGCGGUGGAGGAGGAGGAGGCAGUGGAGGAGGAGGUGGAGGAUCGUGGUUUGGUGGUGGAGGUUCUACAGGGAAACCUAUGAAGACCUACCCAGUGAAGAUCGCUGUGAAGAACCAGCCAGAGGGGCCACGGUUUGACCCCAAGGUCAAGGCUAUCCCCAUCUCAGAAGGGGGAGACUUCAACAUCAACAAGGUGAUCGGUUCCUACCAUGCCAUCGACGGAGACACACUAAUGCCUGCACAGAACGUCAGGUAUGCUAAGGGCUCUGACCCAGACAACUGGCUGACCGUUGAUGAGUUGACUGGGGAUAUUAAACUCAAUAAGAUGCCUGACAGAGAGUCCAAGUUCCUGGUCAACGGGACAUACUACGCCAAAGUUCUCUGCAUGACCCAAGACAUGCCCUCUAAGACAGCCACGGGUACGGUAGCCAUCCAAGUAGAGGACUUGAACGACCACUGCCCCACGCUUACUAGUAAAGUUCAGACCAUGUGUAUGACAGCCGAUGCUAUUACCGUGACUGCAGUGGACAAGGAUGUGUUCCCCAACGGAGCCCCCUUCACCUUCACCAUCAUCCCAGAGGGAACAGAGGGAGUGUGGGUGGUCGAGCACCUAAACGACACCUCAACCAUCCUGAGGUCCCAAAAGGAUUUGUGGCCGGGCUCCUAUGCAGUUGCCAUGGAGAUCCGCGACCAGCAGGGGCACGCGUGUCCUGACUUGCAGAAGCUAAAGGUAGAUGUCUGCACGUGUGCGGACAAAGGGAAGGCAUGCGCGACGCGAGGAGUUAAGGGCUCUACUGGGGCAGUUCUAGGGCCUGCAGCAAUUGGACUGCUCUUCCUGGGUCUGCUGACGCUACUGCUAAUCCCUCUCCUGCUGUUGUUCUGUACGUGUGGGGGUGCCGGAGGUCUUCCUGGGGGCUUCACUGAGAUGCCCUUUGACGCCAAGGCACAACUUAUAUCCUACCACACUGAGGGACAGGGGGAGAACACUGAAGUACCUCUGCUGAACACACCAGUUCAGGUCGACACAGGAAGGGUCAAAAUGGUCAAUGCGGGAACCAUUGCAGCAACGGCCGGAGGGGCGGGGCUAAUGAUAGGUGGUGGUCAGUUCCAGAACUCCUCAUCCACGAUGGGUGGUGGAUUCUACCAAUCAGACGGCCUUAUGGAUAUUGGAUAUAAUAAUGGAGGAGAGAUAAUCGGCCAUGGGAAUGGAGGGGGCUUUUAUUCUGAGUAUGAGAGCAGAGAAGGAGGAGGAGCCUAUGAAGGCAUCGCCCUGCCUGAUCACUACCUGGAGGAGUACUACUCUCAGAAAGCUCACUGUGCAGCUGAAAACCACGUCCAGAAGGACAGUAUGUUGGUGUAUGACUACGAGGGCCAGGGCUCUCCUGUGGGCUCGGUGGGAUGCUGCAGCCUUCUGGAAUCUGACAACGACCUCCAGUUCCUCAAUGACAUAGGGCCAAAGUUCAAGACCCUGGCCGAGGUGUGCCGCGGAGAGAGGUUCCAAACUGAAGUCUCUGCGCCUCUGCCACCCAGACCCAUCAUCUCCAUGCCAACAGCAGCCAGCAGUGUGACGACCAAUGUGGCGUCCAGACUGGUUUCCGCCGCCCCGGUCCCAGCACCAGCCCCAGCCUCAGCACCAGCCCCAGCCCCAGCCCCAGCCUCAGCACCAGCCCCAGCCCCAGCACCGCCCCCUGCCCCGGCCCAGGUGACACACGUUGAGAGGGCUGUGGUGAGGGAGUCAGAUCGUUUGUCUACUCUGAGGCAGGACAUGGUGGGAGGAAGCCAGGGCCAGACCUUCCUACUGCAGCAACAGCCUAUGUACUACACCACCAUGCAGCCUAUGAUGCAGCCCGUGGUGCAGCAGAUGCACUAUGUAGUGGAGCAACAGGUUCCCAACAUACAGGGCAUGAUAAUGGUCAACGGGCCUCCGUCAGGCUCGGCCCAGGGCCUAGUGCUGCAAGGGCAACAGGUGGUGACCGGUACCCAGGCUCAAGGCACGCUUGGCAGGGGAGAGGGAGGCCUGAUCCAUAUGGGGAACAUGUCUGGUUCUCAGGGUAUGAUGGUGGUGGAUGGGCCGGUGAUGCAGGGGGGGCAGAUGUUCCAAGGGGGGCAAAUGCUGCAGGGGGGGCAGGUUUUUCAGGGAGGGCAAGUUCUUCAGGGGGGGCAGUUGGUACAAGGGGGUCAGGUCCUUCAGGGAGGUCAGGCCUGGCUGCAGCAGAGUAGCUCCCUGCAGCGAGGGGGCUUAUCAGGGUCACAGAGCAUGCUGGUGAUGGAGGGACAGGGGGUAUCAGCGGAGGUAGUGGGGUGCAGAAAGGCCAGGGAGGGGUGUUAGGGUUCUCCCAGGGGUCCAUGCAGAGGAACGGCCUCUCUGGCUCACACAGAGUCCUCUACACCACAGAGCAGAGCUCAGCCGCAGAGUCCAGCGCAGGCUCACAGAGCGGCAUUGUAGGAUUGAACGGGUUCUCUAGCAAGGUCAGCGUAGGCCCCGCAUCCUCCUCCCGCAAGGCGGUGAUAGAGAAAAGAGUUGUGACCAACCAGAGCACCAGUAAAUAAGGUCUCGACAGAUAAUAUAAUACUAUAAACACAAGACACAUUAAAUGCCACUGAAGUUAUUUAUGGUUGGAAAUGUCACCACCUUGAAAGUUUUGAUUUCAAUUCAAGUGGUCAAGAUGGGGGUAUUUUUUUGUCCCUGAAAAGCAUAUCAUUCUUAGAUGUAUAGUGGGUUUUAGAAUGAUUGUUGUUUAAAAAAUGUGGCAGUGGGCAAGUGUAAAUGUGCAGGUUCAGAAUAUUUUACAGAAUGUAACCUUGUGUCUGCUUGCACAGCGAAUUCUAUCAGCCAGGCCUAUAAAGCAUCCCACCUUAGUUCUAUCAUGCAGUGUGUACAUGUGUGCGAUUCAGCUUCCAUCUGAAAUAAUGAACUAUAAAAAAUAAUGAUCUAAUCAACUAUAUAUGCAUUGAGCUUGUCUGAUGCUAUAAGCACACUGUUUGAUCAAAUUAACACAAAUGACUAAAGAGGGAACUAGUGAUAAAGAAAGAAUGUGCCUGUCCCUACCAUCCUUCUCCCGCUCCUACCAUCCUUCUCCCGCUCCUACCAUCCUUCUCCCGCUCCUACCAUCCUUCACCCGCUCCUACUGGCCUUCGCAAAUUCUGAUGUUACUGUCCUGAACUUGCCAGGAAUAGGCUACACAAGGAGUUAGCAAACUUUCUCAUGUGGAAUGCAAAUUUAUCCUACUAUUUCUACUGAUCUGUGUGCCAGUUAUGAUUUUCAUAUGCAAACAACUUGACCACUCUGACAAUGACAAAGGUAAAAUACUGGAAUUAUAUUAUAUUGAAUGCAUUAACACACAUUACAGUAACCAAAAAAACAUUGCAGAUUAGAAAUUAUAGGAAUUAACUGGAUGUACUACUGGUGAUAUAUGUAAUGGGGAAUUGAUAGACACUAACAAUCAGGCGCCAACUAUUCACACUAUGAAGUUAUGAAACAAUGAAUGUGCACAAAUUGGCAGGAGAGAGGGUGUUCUGGAGAGAGAAGUGCAUUGUGAAGCCACAUGCUCCUUCUUUUUGGACUGUGCCAUCCCCGUGACCUCUGUAAUGGAUUAGUUCACUGAGAUGGCCGCGAAUAAGAUAGGUAUGUCCUGUGCCAUAAAAAUAUAUCUUUUCUACUGCUCAACUAAAAAAAACCUUGGUCGACCAACAGCCUAUCUACCAAACAUUCGACCAGUCAAAUAAUUGGGGUCAACCCUAAUUUCUGUUGAUUAGCAUCAAGGAUCAACCUGAUUUUGAUUAGGGGCACUGUAUUGAGUAUUGAGCACUUCUUUACAGGCGAAACAAAUCUAAAGCUUUUUUGUUUUUCUAUUGGCUGUUAGUGUGAGUUUACUUAUACCUGGAACCUGCUAGUCCCGCUGAGCAGGGCUCUGAGCAAGCCUCACAUAGGACAGAAGUGGAUGAGCUACAGCCAAUAGGCAAAGAGAUACAACAGAAGUGGCUGAGCUAUAAACUAUAUAUUCUACACCCAUCUUUGGCAUACACAUCCAUGUUUGUUAUUUCAGUGAUUAGACAGGUUUGUUUAGAUAUUAUUCUUUUUUUGUCUCUACUUGUAUUGUAACUAUUUGAUGGUUUUGUUUGAUCUGAAUUUAACGUAUACGUCAUUAAUUGGACUUUCUAAAAGCAGCAAGCAUGUUCUCAGAGCUUGAAGCAUGAAGAAUGUGCUUCCAUUUUUCAGUCUUAAGCUCAAAACAUGAAGUUGGAGUUUGUCAAUGUAAUAAUACUGCGAUUGUCACACAGUUCUUCUCACUUAACUGUUGGAUGCUCAUUCUGAAACAAAGUAUAAUAGCUAUGCCCCAAAGCUUUUAAUUGUAUCCAGGUUUGAUUGAAUCUAUACUUGUAGUUGCAUCAGUUAUAGUACUUAAGGAUGGGUCGUAGUAUUUUUAUGUUGUUUGUGUUUUUGUGUACAAAUAUUCUCAUAUUUUUAUGUAACUUUUUUUAUACCUUGUUGUGUUUGUGUAUGCACUCAGACUGUUACCUAAACAUGGAUUCGUCCAAUCAGGGUCUAUUUUGUUUUUAACAAGAAUGGGAAGAGGGGGAAAUUAUUACCACUUGUCUAAGACUAUCUAAUAAUUCUCAAAGUACCAGGGGAACAUUGUAUAGUUUAUUUUAUGUUACUCUUCUAUUAAAUGCACUGGUAUGUAUUUUGUCAAACGCUGGGUAUAUCUGAAAACAGUUUUUCUUAGCCGUGUUUGUUCCAGAGAAAGUUUGGCAAAAAAGGAGAGGACUGAGAUAAAGAACUAUUGCUGUAUUGCACAAGAAGACACAAACUACUGACCUCCUGCACAGUCACUGUCUUUGUGGUCUGUCUGAUCUCAGAUUUCAUCAAUAAAAUGUCAUCGAGCCAAUGUUUCAUCUCAACUGUAUUUAGAGAUCAAAGUCCUUUUGGUUAUUUAGACUGAAGUUAGGAGUGUCCGAUACAUUAAUUACAUACAACACUUUUGAAGCAAGUCUAUUAUAUAAAUAACAAUUAUAGUACGCUAUCCCUUAGCGACAUGAGUCACAGUCCAAUCAGGCUUUUAUCUACUGAAACGUCUCUGGAACACUCACUCUUAAGUAAUGUUUCUAUUUUGGUUUGUAAAAGAGACAUUAUUUUAAAUGUUACAGCUUCAAUAAAGCUCCUCUUUUAUUAUU